GAUACCAAAAGCUGUACGAGGACAGUGAAAAAAUAAAUGUUAAAGAAACACUAGCCAGCAGAGAGCCAAACAACACCGUGGCCAAACAACCAACAAAGAAAUUCGGUACUAUGAUAAGGAAAACACAGACGGGUUUGACUUCGGUGAUUCAACCUGGUAAGCCAUACUACAUAGACGACGAAAUGGAGGCCAAGUCAUUUCCGUUUCCCGUCUUCAGAUAUGAAGCAAAUGAAGGAGAGCUUACGGUGAAAUGGCAGUGGCACAACGACAAACGCCAUGUGGCCACUACUAUACAGGUCGCAGGAGUCGAGUUCAUUGACCGUGGUGGCGUCACUUGGUGUCCCAGCAAAAUCGUGCAUAAUGAAAAAGUUGUCAACUGCAAACAGUGUGUAUGGGUUCAUAAUAGGAUUGACAAAAAGGAGUCUCAAGUGAUCGAUUGCUUAAUACCGUGUGAGGAAUACAG